UAUGAAAAAAGUAUAUACAGUACCAACUCCAAGAGAAUAGAAACCAAAAGUAUAAUAGAAGAGUUAACAUGAUGUGAUGUGAGUUAUAUUAAAUUAUGCGUAGAAAGUAAACGUAAUUUGCCUAUAUUCCUGAUUAACCCACUUAAAAAGAAUAAUCAUCUAAGAUGGCUCGUCCAUAUUUAAUGUUCAAACCUAAGUUAGUAGAAGAAAUAGAUGAGAAUAAUAUGAAAAAGAUGAAACUUUCAUUUCACAAUUCAAUAACUGACUUAUAAACUUUUGAAGAAUUAGCACAAGAAUAACAGCAAAGGGAAUCAACUCCAAAUUUAAAUUUUACUCCUUAAGAAAAGACUAAGACAUUUGUCAGGUAAACUAUUAUUUUCUAUUAUCUUAGAAAGUCUAUGAGACACUUAACUUAGCUUUGAA